CACACAUCACCGUCGGACACCAACAUACGCCCGCCUGAAACUGUAUGUGUUGUGUGCUCGCCGGCUCCUCGACGGGAUCAUGACGGUUUCUUCAUAAGGGAUCGGGGGCCAUGACGAGUUGGCACGGUGUAGCUGACAUCUUUCCGCUGCUCCAAGUAAUUUUAUUGUUGUUGGCUCGGAGCAACGGGAGACCGUUGGAGAAAUGUCUCAACGGCAGGUCUUGCCGGCCCGAAAGACCGCCCGUGGUGCUCAUUCCGGGAGACCUUGGGAACCAGUUGGAAGCGAAGCUGGAUAAGCCCAGUGUGGUCCAUUAUAUUUGCUACAAGAAGACCGACACCUUCUUCACUCUGUGGCUCAACCUGGAGCUGCUGGUCCCUGUGGCCAUAGACUGCUGGAUAGACAACAUCAGGCUGAUCUACAAUAGCACAACCCAUACCACCUCAUCCCCGCCAGGGGUGGACAUUCGUGUGCCAGGGUUUGGGCAGACGUAUUCCGUGGAAUACCUGGACCCCAGUAAACGCAGUGUGGGAAUGUAUUUCUUCACUGUGGUGCAGGCACUGGUGGAGUGGGGGUACACCAGAGAUGAUGAUGUCAGAGGAGCGCCAUACGACUGGAGGAAGGCUCCUAAUGAGAAUAAAGAGUACUUCUUGGCACUGCAACAGAUGAUUGAGGAGAUGGCGGAGAAGGCUGGUGGGCCAGUGGUUCUGAUAGCCCACAGCAUGGGCAAUAUGUACACCUUGUAUUUCCUCAAUCAGCAGCCCCAGGCUUGGAAGGACAGAUACAUCAAGACGUUCAUCUGUCUUGGACCACCCUGGGCUGGGGUAGCCAAGACCCUUCGUGUGGUGGCCUCUGGUGAUAAUAACCGUAUCCCAGUGAUCAGCCCAUUGAAAAUUCGUUCCCAGCAGCGCUCUGCCGUCUCCACCACUUGGCUUUUACCCUAUGCACACUCCUGGCCCAAAGACCAGGUUCUGAUCCAGACGCCCAGCACCAACUACACUGUGAUGGACUACAAGCGCUUCUUUUCAGACAUCAACUUUAAGGAUGGUUGGCUGAUGCGGCAGGACACAGAACCACUGGUGGCUGACCUCACUCCUCCUGGCGUGGCUGUCCACUGCUUGUAUGGCAGUGGCGUGCCCACGUCCGAGUCCUUCCAGUACUCCGAUAAGUUCCCGGAUGUGGAGCCGACGGUGUUGUACGGGGAUGGAGAUGGGACGGUUAACCUGAAAAGCGCCAUCCAGUGCCAAAGGUGGGUAGGGCAGCAAAAGCAGCUUGUGGCCCUGCUAGAACUGCCUGGGAAUGAACAUGUGAACAUGCUGUUGAACUUCACGACUGUGGCUUACAUCAAGACCGUGCUGUUCUCCCCUUGACAAUGACACAAUCAUAGUGACUGACUGGCAGAGAAACGGCUUGGCACACACAGAUAACACUCGCACAUCCACAACAAAACUGCCAAUACAUUGUACAAAUUUGCUGAUUGCUUUCACACACACACACACACACACACACACACACACACACACACACAACCCCAUGAUGGAAAGACUGACCAAAUCUUGUCUCCAGUCUCUGAACAUUGACAUGCUACACUGUUCCCCUGUGCCCCCCACACUAUUAAGGAAAUGUAUUUUAGUACUAAAGUCUUUGAAUUUAAAUUUUACAGUGAUAAUUACCCCUGAUAUUUUAAUGUCAACCUAUUUAUGGUUGAGUAGAAGCAAAGCAAGUGACUUUUAUAUUUGUCAAAAUUUUCAAAGUCAAAUUUUAAUUAAUAAAUCUACAAAAGAUACAUAUUCUAUUCAAGCCAUGUACAAUGGCUUAAGCCGGGGACAUGCCAUCACGUGUUAAACGUUUGUGUUUGUUUUUAGUUGAUGUUCUCCAUAUUUUCUUUCUGACAUCUGUUGUACGGUUUUAGGCUAAAUUGUAAAAACUAAAGCAUAUGUUGGUAGCCUGAGCUGUAAGAUAGGU